GUAGUGUGUUUUGUGUUUUUUCAAUUUUUCCAACUUAAUGGAAAUUAAAAAUUAAGUUAUUAACAUUAAGUGAAAAGAAUCCUUUAAAUUAAACAAAACGCGCUGUGUAAUGUCUUAGAGGAAUAUAAUUUGGAAAAUUGCAUGUGAAAAUAGUCCUCGAGAAACAACACCCGACAGUAGUAGCAGUAGAAGAAGAGAGUGUGGUGUCCUUUUUGUAAUUUUAAGGGAGUGCGUGGAGGAAAAGCGAAAAUUGCAUUUCAUAUGAAAAGUGAAAGAAGGAAAAAUCGUCCAAUGUCCGUUGUCUCGUAGUGUGUAAAAUAUAGUAUGUAUGUAUAAAUAAAUGUUUGAAUGUUUGCUGCUGGUGCGUGUCGCGAGUGUGUGCGUCGUGAGUUGUGUUGCCGAAUGUACGGAGUAUGAAUAAGAAAAAAUACAACAAGCAAUGGAAAAGGUGGAAAAUACAAAAUAGCAAUAACAACAACAACAACACCAAGAAGUGAAAAGUUGAAAAAGUGUGUGGGGUGCUUUUGCUGCCGCCCCAGAGCUGCCGCUUUCCAAGACGACAUACCCGAGUCUUAUUAAAGAAAAAGAAGAAGAGAAGGAGUAACACAAGAGCACAAAAACAACCUCUUCAAGAUUGUGAGGCAGAGCGGAAAAGCCUGCCAAAGAGGAAUUACAACAGCCAAACCUUAAAUAUUAGUGCUAUUUUUUUUUUGCUCAAAGAAUUUCAUUUUUAUUGAAAGUUGAAAAGGUGGAGCUCGGCUAAAAAAAAAAUUGUGAAUUUUCAAAAACGAAACCGCAGUUUUAUGGAAUAUCCUACAAAAUGAGUUCGAGUUGUGAAAGAAUAGAAUGGGUGGAAAUAAUAGAACCCCGCACCAAAGAGCAUAUGUAUGCCAAUCUAACCACCGGCGAAUGUGUUUGGGAUCCACCUGAAGAUGUUCCAAUUAAGCGCACCGAUUCAUCGCAGUGGUGGGAAUUGUUCGAUACGAAUACGCAACGCUUCUAUUACUACAAUGCUGCCUCGCAAAAGACCGUCUGGCAUAGGCCUAGCAAAUGUGACAUCAUACCGCUGGCUAAAUUGCAAACGCUCAAACAGAACACCGAUCCCAGUGAUCGACGUGAGAUUAGCACGCAAACGCAACAAUUACAGCAUCAGCCGCAACCGCCGCAACAUUCGUCACAACAUUCGUCGCCUUCCAUGCCCAAAGUACGCUCAGCAUCCCAGCGAGGCACCAGCAGCAGCAGCAGUCAUCAUCUAACGCCCAACAGCAAUACCAACACCACAGGCAGUGUGGGGAGCGGUGGGCGAGGCGAUGGCAGCGGCAGCAUCGGCGGCGGCGGUGGUGGGGGCACCAACAAACGUAGCAGUGCCGGUUUGCCAUUGCAUGCUAGCUCAGAAGAGAAACUCUCAAGCGAAAUACUCUCAAGUCCACGUGGGCGUCAAAGUUUUCGUGUGGGAACGGGUGAUUCAUCGCGCUCCAUGGACAUGCAACAAAUUUCACAAUCAUCAAGACGUUCGCAAGACUCAUAUAAUCAUUUCAAAGAAUCGGGUAAAUCGAGUGAUUCUAGUCUCUCCAGCAUGCAUGGUUAUCAUCGAUUCAACGAUGAUCAUAUACCAGGUGGUGGCAGUCCCGCCGGCAUGGCCAGUCCAAGUGAGAGCUUACGUAUGGGCUCAUUGCAGAAACAUCGAAGCCGGAAGGAGGGCAGUGGAAGCUUUGAUAUGCUGCAAGAGAGUAUGAGUUCGCAUAAUUUACCUCAUUUGGGCAGUGGUGGCCAGAGGCAGCAGCAAAUGAGUUCACCAACGAUGCAUACAUCGGCGGCAGCGGUGGCACAAAGCAAAAAGAAAAUCUCACCGGAUGCCCAUCAUUUACAGCAGCAACAGCAUCAGCAGUAUCCCUCAUCGCCGCAAGCAUACAAUUCGCAACAACGUGGAGGAGGUGGCAGUACCACGGGUAGUGUUGGCAGCAAAUCAUCAUCGACAAGGGCCAUGGAAUAUGGUGGAAGUGAACGCGAGCGUGAUUACAAAGUUGCUUUGGCCAGAUCGGGUAGCUUCAUGUCUUCGUCCAUAAACCCCUCGGCGGCUGGACAUCAUAGUAAAUCCUAUCGCAGAUCGGCAGCUGAGGCUAAUGGCACCGCGGCGCCCCACAUUGGUGUGAUCGGUGGCAAUGGUGGUGGUGGUAAUGGAGGCAAUGGAGGAGCGGCCAGUGAUGAUUCCAUGCAUGAAAAGUAUUUCAAGUCAGUGGAAAAUACGCCACUCUCACGCCGUCGCCACACUACCACCCCCAAGGGUUCCAGUGGUGCCGCAAGUGCCAGCAGUGGUCAUGGCACUGGCGGCAGUGCUGGCAGCAAUAUGAAACAUUCUAGUGACUCAUCACCCCAAAGUCCCAUUAGUCCUCACAACAAUAAGAACAAGCCACUGAAGGCAUCGCCCAAUAUUAUGGCCGAUCGAGGUGGUAUGGGAGCACCCAUGUUACAUUCACCAGGUGGUCACUCGACGUGUUCCGGGCCACCGCCCACAUCUAGUCAUGCCCAUUAUAAACAGGACUCUUCCUGUAGUCUGGAACUAUUGAAUUUGGAUCGUCUAUCGCUGCGCGAUGGCGGAGGCGUGGGAGGAAGUUCAAAUAAGACGACAUCACCACAUUUGAGUGAUAUCACCGGACAUGCGUCCACCAAUAAUAUGACUUCGAAAAAUUUCCCCUCAUCCGAUAAUAUUGGGAUGAUGACCCACUCCUCGAGAGGUUCCAAUGAUUCAAGGGGUAAGCACAAGACAUCAAACACUGGAUCAUGGUCACAGCAUCAGGAUAAUCAUCGAUCAAGAGGCCACAAUUCCAUGAGUUUGGAGAAACAUUCGCGCCAUUCUAAUGAUUAUUAUCACCAUGAUAAUAAACGUGAUACUCGUAAAGCCAAAGACAGACACAAUCACUUGCAUGCCGACAACAGUGAUGUGGAAUAUGACAAUGGAAACAUUUCACCCUUGUACAGUAACUGGGAUACGGAAAUGCAAGAGCAUUUAUUGCCUUUAAAGCACUACAUUCUGGAACAGGCCAAAUUGUCGGGGCGUUAUGUCUUCGGUGAUCCCAUUGAUUCCGAUUCCUAUCAUUCGGACAGUCAAUCGGAACAAUCACUGUCGGGUCAUGAGCCCGACAAUGAGGAUUCCGAUGGUGGUUCGGAUACUCAUGGUGGUUAUUUGGAGCACAAUUAUGGUAUGAUCGAAGACUAUGCUAAUAUGGGCGAUAGUGUGUCAUAUUAUGCUUAUCAAUAUCCCCCAUACGAUCCAGCAGCUAGAGAGGAUAUCUCCGACAAUGUUGAGGCCGUUUUAGAGGGAGUGGGUUCGGGUAUUAAUGAAACCGCUGGCCAAAAAUCCAAACCUCGUUAUCAAUUCUCAUAUUAUGAUACAGCUACCACACACACGCCAUCUACCCUAAAUCAUCAUCAUCAGCAACAACAACAACAGCAGCAGCAACAACAAUCGCUCCAUCAUCAGCAACCACAGUCACAUCACCAACAACAAACAAACAAACAGCAACAUGCCUCAUCGCAACCCACACCAACAGCACAACAACCGCAACAACAGCAACUCUAUUCAAAUGCCCCUCCCCUACCACCUGGUCAUCCCUCGUCUUCUGCCUCUCAUCAUCAUUUGCAAUUGGAUACGAAUGACAAAUCAAAACAAUCACAAACAUUACCCUCGCCCAAUCGUCAAAUAUCACGCAUCGCACAAAAUUCCCAAGAUAGUGGAACUGGCAUUGGUGGCCGACUGCCAAUGCCGCCGCCACAUCAAUAUGGUCGUGAUGAUGUUUCGAAUAGUGGCAGUGGCGGCCAUCAUCAUGGUGUCAUCGGAUCCAACAUUGUUGGCGGCAUUGGUGGCAGUAUGAUGCGUCGACCAUUGCCACCGCCAAAUCUGAAGCCCACAAUACAGCAAAUAUUUCCACCAUCGGAACGUCCACCCCAGAGUGGUGGUGGUGGUGGUGGCGGCGGUGGUGUUUUAACAACUUUGGCCUGCAUGAAGGAAUGUGAUAUAGAGAAGUUUGCAGCCGAUAAUUUAAAUUUACAUUCGAAAGGCAUCUUUCGCAAAAAGUCUUCCGUACGCGAUAUGUUAAGUUGGACAUCAGAGGCUAUUAGCCGUCCCAUGUUGGCAUUGUCGCGUGAUAAAAACGAUAAGAAGUCUGCCAUUGAACUGUUCAAGUUGGUGCAAAUCUAUAUGGGCGAUCGAAAAGCAAGAGCCGGUAUGAGUUUGAAUUCCGUGGCGAUUGACAUAAUCACAGCAGCUUUGCCCCAACAGCAGUUAAGAGAUGAGCUAUACGUACAGUUAUGCCGACAGACUACAGAGAAUCCCAAACGUGAUUCUUUGAUACGUGGAUGGGAACUUAUGGCCAUAUGUUUGUCGUUUGUGCCGCCAUCGCCAACUUUCCAGCCAACGUUGUUGAAUUAUGUCAAUCGCCAUAGAGAUCCCACAUUUGCCACCUCAUUUCCCGAGGUGGGCAAAUGGCCCAUUCAUGUUCAGAUAUCACAUUAUGCCACAGUUUGCUGUAGACGCUUAGAUCGCAUUGGUAGCCAUGGUAGAAGGCAGGCUAAGAAGCCAACCGAAGAUGAAGUGGAACAGGCUAGAAAUCACAUUUUACGCAACAGCAUGUUUGGCAAUACCAUUGAGGAGGUGAUGCUAUUGCAAAAGGACAAAUUUCCAUUCCGCAAACUACCCUGGAUACAAACCACUCUGUCAGAGCAUGUCCUUUUGCUUAAUGGCAAACAAACGGAAGGUAUAUUCCGAGUAUCGGCCGAUGUUGAUGAAGUCAAUUGUUUGAAAAAUCGCUUAGAUCGGUGGGAAGUUCCUGAUUAUAAAAAUACUAUGGUUGAUGCUCAUGCCCCUGCUAGUCUUUUGAAAUUGUGGUAUCGUGAAUUAUACGACCCCCUAAUACCGGAUGAAUUGUAUGAUGAAUGUGUAAAUACUGAGGAUCCAGAUAAAGCCAAAGCUAUAGUUGAUAGAUUACCAGAGUUAAAUAAAUUGGUCUUAACCUAUUUAAUACAUUUCCUGCAACAAUUUUCCCAUCCCGAUGUGGUGAGUGCCACCAAAAUGGAUUCAUCGAAUUUGGCCAUGGUUUUUGCGCCAAACUGUUUGCGUUGCACCUCGGAUGAUCCAAAGGUGAUAUUGGAAAAUGCCCGCAAGGAGAUGUCAUUUAUGCGCACAUUAAUCCAACACAUGGAUACAACACAUGUGGCCAAUUUAGUAGACGCUGCACCUGUCCCUUGAGACUGGAAUGAAGAAGAAAUGAAUGAACGAAUGAUUGAUUGAUGAUUGUCAUAGUUUAAGAAAAGUUAGUGAAUGGCACAUGAUGUAUACUACGUUAGAGCUAUGGAAAACAGAUCGGAUGGUUAACAGAGUAAGGCAAUGUAGACUAUUAACAAAAAAUUUAUACAAUAUCUAAGAUACUACUUUAUUUUAUAUAAUUAGACAAGAUGUUCAUAUAUAUAAUCAAAUAGGAUUUAUAACUUUUUCUACUAUGUAUUUUUCUUUGUGUUUCGUAUGAUGAGAUCAUGUAAUCAUGACCCUUUCGCAGAAUGACCAUACCAUUUGUAUGCCCCUACCAGAAAUACUUCUUCACUCAAAGAAUUUUUUUUUUUUUUUGGAAAAAAACAAAAAAUAUUUGCUGUGCUAACAGUUUAUCGUUUCUGAAAAAAGGCAAAACUGCCCUAUAUGUUAUUUAACCAAACUUCUGUUUCCAAUUUAAACAGAGAAAAAAACUGCAGCUGUUUUCUGUCGACUGGCGAAAACGUAUUGUGGUUAAGUUAAGAUUGAUUAGGUAGCCACCAUCAAGGUGUCUUCACUCACAGGUCAUUUUGGCCCAUUGUGAUACCCUUAUGCGGAGAAGUGAGAUGAGAAAGUAAAAAUGUGUCCUCGAUAUGAACUAGGUUAGGCUGAAAUGAGUGUGUGGAUAUUUAACUGUUGUUGUUGUAGCAGUUUAUUGUGUUCUAUCUUUCGUCUGCUUGAUUCUGUUGAGUGUCAAGACCCAGGAACUCUGCGACUAAGAUGGAGUGCGUCCACAUGGAUCUGGGUCUGAGUGGAGUGGGUCUGGCCGGGCAGUUAAUAAACAGGUGACGUGUAUCAUGCGGUUCCUGGUUACAAUCGGGACAUACAUCUUGCACGUCGGCAUCAAUCCUAGCUCUGUGGGAAUUGAGGCGGCUGCAUCUGCCGGAAUGUAAUUGAGCCAGAACUAUUCUGGUUUGCCGGGAGAGGUCGAUUUCUUCGGGUGCAAUGGGGGACGGACGUUCUCCAAGGACUACAUUCACCCGGUAGCCAAUUUCCGCAUCUGCUACCGUGUCUGCAUGAAGGUUGUUUAGACCCAAUUGAUAUGCCGCUUCAUCUAGAGGUUCUCUCUUGUAGCGCUGAACCUCACGCUCUAGAUCAUGUAGAUCUAUCUUAAGGCUUCUGGACGGUGGAUUGAUGACAUCUGCGAUUGGUUGAACGUUUACUCAACGAGCUUGCCUCAUAUUUCGCUGCAAGAAAUCUGAAGAUAUCCGCCACCAAAUCUUCAGCCACAUUGUUCACUACAAAUACGCGUGAGGUGAAUACUGAGCUGAUUGUGAUGGUCGAUGGAGAAAUGAUUCCGACCAUCAAGUGUCCCAAAAUACUUGGCGUCACAUUUGACAGCUCUUACACAUUCUCCCCACAUGCCACAGUAAUCUGCGAUAAAGUCAAAAGUAGAAACAAGGUCCUCAAGUCACUUGCUGGCAGCACUUGGGGUGCAGACAAAGAAACCUUGUCGAGCACAUACAAAGCAAUUGGCCGGUCUGUGGUAAGUUAUGCAGCGCCAGUGUGGUCUCGUCAACUUUGUGACACGCAGUGGAAUAAUAUUCAGAUCUGUCAAAAUGACGCCCUCCGAACUACGACGGGCUAUCUGCUCAGAUAUUUAUCCGUCCCAUGCCACUGUAGACAUACAACUAAGUCUGUAGUUGAUUUGCUGUUCCCUAUAAUGUUCUAAUAAGCAACCUCGAAAAAAAUCCAAUUCAGGAAUUUCGUGCUACUAACAAACCUCCCUAAUCGUUCUCCAUUUUACUCCUCUAAGUCGGUUGAAGACUGGUAUUGUGUACCCACCUAGGUUAGGUUGAAAGGAGGGUGCAGAUAUUAAUCCCCCCCAUGCCACUAUGGACAUAUGCCUAAGUCAGUAAUCGGCUUCUUGUGAGCUCUAAAUACUAAAAAGUAACCUCCAAAAAGAAAAUCUAAGUUAGGAAUUCCAUGCUACUUACAAAAUCCUUAAUUGUUUUCCAUGUCACACCCUUAAGUUGGUUCAUGUCUGGUAUAGUGUCUCACCCAAAGUGCUGGUAUCUGUUAGACGCGAAAUCCGGACAAUGACAUAGGAAAUGCUCAAACGUCUCAUCAUUUUCCCCGCAUGCCCUACACAUGCUAUCACUUGCCGCGCAGAUAUUACAUAAGUGAGCUCGUAGUCCUAUAAGUCCUGUUAUGAUACCGUAAGCUUUACUGACCUCCUGUUUGCCUCCUUUCAGUAAUAGCCCCGUGUUCUCACAAUCCGGAUCUUUCCAUAGGAUUUUCGCCGUCCUACCGACCGUUUCGCUCUUCCACAAUGUUGCAUGCGCAUUCGUCGAUCACUCUCUUAACUCGAAUUGCGUCGACCCGAGAGGCUUCGGGUUAACCAAGUUUGUUGACGGCAGUCCUCUGGCCUCCACUGCAAAAUCGUCUGCCCUUUCAUUUCCCCUUACUCCGUUAUGGCCCGGCGCCCAAACGAUGCGGAUUUUGCCAUCCUCAGAGAAGGCGUUAUUCUCCUUCUUACACUGCAAGACUGUUCGUGACCCUGCCGUCCUGGUUGUUAUGACCCUUAUGGCAAUUUUACUGUCGGUAAAGAUGUUCGCCUCACGCAUUCCGUGAUCGUCCGAAUCUCUGCCUGCAGGACCGUAUUAUGGUCAGGCAGUCUAAAACAGAACUCAGCCCCUGAGCUCUCAAUGUAGACCCCGAAUCCCUCUCUGUCCUCUAGCCGAUGGCAGUAGUGACUCGCACUCGACUUCAGGUGUCGUCUCAGGUAUCCGACCCGAAACCUCUUCCAUUCCUUCCAGGUUUCCUAUUUUACCAGAGUUCCGUCAAUCCAAGACUGUGCCGAUGGCAGUAAUGACUCGCACUCGAUUUCAGGUGUCGUCUCAGGUAUCCGACCCGAAACCUCUUCCAUUCCUUCCAGGUUUCCUAUUUUACCAGAGUUCGGUCAAUCCAAGACUGCGACGCUGGCAGUAAUGACUCGCACUCGAUUUCAGGUGUCGUCUCAGGUAUCCGAUCCGAAACCUCUGCCAUUCCUUCCAGGUUUCCUAUUGGCACCACGAUUAUACGGUGUUCGCCCAUCCAUCCAUUUUCCCAUCGCUUUAAGUCUCAUUGCCGCAGUGGCUGCCUCACACUUAAUCUGUAUGUCUAUGGUCGGAUAUCUGGAAUAGUAUCCAGAGCCCGAAUGGGCGUGUUUCUCACCGCCAUCCUGGUCCUUCUACAUAGCGCCCAACAUCUGUGAGACUUCUCGAUUCACUCCUUAAAGUGACACUUCCAGUGAAGUUUCCUAUCCAAAGUCACUCCUAGAUUAGUCUUAAAGAUGAGAGAGAAAAAAAAAAGAGAAGAAAAGGAGCAAGCGGUCGAUGUUCAUUGGAGGAACAUUGGGCACACCCAGGGGAAGUGCUCUGGUCAAUAUCUGGGGGAGGAGCUCUGGUCCAUACCCAGGAAAAGAACAGUGUUUCACACCCAGUGGAGGAGCUCUAGUCCACACCCAGGAGAAGAACAGUGUUUCACACCCAGGAGAGGAGCGCUCUUCCACACCCAGGAGAGAAGCACUGGUCGUCCACAUCUGGGAGAGGAGCGAUGCUUUACACCCAGGGGAGGAGCUCUGGGCCACACUCGGGGGAGGUGCACUGGCCCACAUCCAGGGGAGGAACACUGCUUUACACCCAGAGGAGGAGCUACGUUGCCCACCCGGGGGAGGAGCACUGGUCCAUACCCAAGGAAGGUGUUCUGGUCCUCAGGGAAGGAGCACCGGUCCAUACCCAGGAUAGGAGCGUUGUUCCAAACCCAGGAGAGAAGCCCCGGUCGUCCACACCCUGGAGAGAAACACUGGUCGUUCACACCCAAGGGAGGAGCUCUGGUAUAUACCCGGGAGAGAAGCGCUGUUUUACACCCAGGGGAGGAGCUCUGAUCCACACCUGAGGGAGGAGCACUGCUCCAUACCCAGGGGAGGAGCGCUUUUUCACACCCAGGGGAAAAUCAGUGGUCGUCCACAGUCAGGGGAGAAGCACUGGUCCACAACCAGGGGUGGAACGCUGUUCCACACCCAGGAGAGAAGCAAUGGUCGUCCACACCAAGAGGAAGAGAAUAGUUCCACAGCCAGGAGGGAAACACUUGUCCGCACCCAUCGGAGGAGUUCUGCUUCACACCCAGUGAAGGAGAAGCACUAGUCCACACCCAGGAGAGGAGCACUGGUCGUCCACACCCAGGGGAGGAGCACUGGUCGUCCACACCCAGGAGAGAUGCACUGGUCUUCAACACACUCAAGGAAGGUGUUCUGGUCCACAUCCAGGCGAGGAGUACUAGUCAAUACCCAGGGGAGGAGCCCUGGUCGACACCCUACGAGGAGCACUUGUCGUCCACAACCAGGAGAGGAACACUAGUCCGUACCCAGGGGGAGGAGCACUAGUCCACACCAAGGGGAGAGCUCUGAUCCAAACCCGGGAAGGAGCACUGGUCUACAUACGGGGGAGGAGCGCUGGUUCACACCCAGUGGAGGAGCAAGAGUUUACAUUCAGGGAAGGAGCACUGCUUUACACCCAUGGGAGAAACUCUGGUGCACACCAAGGGGAGGAGCUCUAGUCCACACCCAGGAGAGAAGCACUGUUCCAUAUCCUCGUAAAUGUCUACUUUGCCCGUUACUCUUUUUCGAAAGCAAACGGUUCGUCUGUUUAUGGUCGACGGUAGCUUAUUCUGGCAAUCCAGCAUCCAUGAUUCGCCUUAAUCCACCGUCGGCGGAUCUGUGCACCUGCAGACCCAGUCAUGUGCAACGCAAGUCUUGUAUCGUUUCCUUAUCAAAACAGCUCCUGCAGGAUUCAUCAUUAUUAUCUUAUCACAAAGACCCCGUUUGUGACUACUGUCAUAGGUUUCAAACACCUCUUGUCGAAAACAAACAGGUUGUCCAACAUUUUCUGAUUUGCAGAAUCCCAAUUCUGCAAAUCAUGCGAUGAGUAGCUACCGGGUGAAUGUUGUCCUAGGAUAGAUGUAGUGUUUCAUGUGGUGCCAGGUAACCAUCGGGACACAUCUAAAUCUGUAAUUGAGGCGGCUUCAUCUGCCGGAUCGUAAUUGAGCCAGAACUACUCUGGUUUGCCGGGGGAUGUCAAUUUCUUCAGAUGCAAUGGGAGGCGGUCGUUCUCCAAGGACCACAUUCACCCGGUAGCUAUUCACCGCAUCUGAUAUACCGCUUGAUAUAGAGGUUCUCUCUUGCAGCGCUGAACCUCAUGCUCUAGAUCAUGUAGAUCUACCUUAAGGCUUGUGGGCGGUGGAUAUCUAUUCACAAGAUGAUGAUUUAUAUGGUCUCUGCGAUAACUGCCCGAAAGGUAUUGCUUAGACAGCAUGUGGUUACGUCUUCGCGUGGGUAGGAUCUUUGUCUCCUGAUAUAGGUGGGCUAUAUGAGAACUGAAAAUACAGCCCGCCGCAGUUCGAAGUGCGGCAUUCUGACAGAUCUGAAUAUUAUUCCACUACGUGUCACAGAAUUGACGAGACCACACUAGCACUGCGUAACUCACCGCAGGCCGGUCAUUAGCUUUUUACUUGGUCAACAAGGUUCUAUGUCAGCACCCCAAGUGCUGCCAGCAAGUGACUUGAGGACCUUGUUUCUACUUUUGACCUUAUCGCCUUAUAGAUGUUCCUCCAGUUCUCUGGUACCCUUGUGGUUAUCGCCUUCUGGAAAUCUUUCAUAAGUCAACCCGUUUGAUAAACCACCAUGGUGAUCUUUUUUUGCUUAUUUGGUUUAAUUCUAGGACAUGCUUCACCAUCAUAUCAAUGUCCUUACCAGUUUUCAUAUCCUUUUUUAAGUUUACAAGGAAUAGCACUGCAAAAAAUAUGCCAACACCUAAGUCGAUAUUGCUCAGAUUUGGAUCAUUGCCUACAUGAAAAUUAACCAUCUCAUACAAAUCUUUUAGACAUCUAAGAAAUUCCUUACCAAAUGUUUUUUUUAUACCCUACACCACCACUGUGGUACUGGUAUUAUAAUUUUGUACAUUUGUUUGCAACGCUAACAAGGAGGAGAGCUAAACCCAUGCUAAGUAUACCGAUGGGCUUAGAAUCACUUGCUGAUUCGCUUUAGCUAUGCCCGUCUCUCCGUCUGUCACAAGAAUACCUGAUUUGUGAUCAAGGUACAGAUCGCAUUUAUUAUCCGAUUAUCUGGAAAUUAUGCACAUGUCACUACUUUGGCCCAAGGACGAACGCUAGUGAUUUUGAACAAAAUCGGUUCAGAUUUAGAUAUAGCUCCCAUAUAUAUCUUUCAUCCGAUAUGGAGUUUUAAGGCUGUAGAAGCCACAAUUUUGAGCCGAUCUUUACAAAAUUUAGCAAGAGGUAUUUUAUUUGAUGUUUUCAUAUGUGUAAAAAAUUUCGUCAAAAUCGUUUCAGAUUUAGACGUAGCUCCCAUAUAUAUCUUUCAUCCGAUAUGUAGUUUUAAGGCUGUAGAAACCACAAUUUUGGCCCGAUCUUGACAACAUUUAGUGUGAUGUGUUCUAAUUGACGUCUUCAUUUAUGUGUAAAAUUUCGCCACAAUCUGUUCAGAUUUAGAUAUAGCUCUCAUAUAUAUCUUUCAUCCGAUAUGGCCUUUUAAGGCUGCAGAGCCCACAAUUUUGGUCCGUUCUUUACAAAAUUUAGCAAGAGUUAUUUUAUUUGACGCCUUCAUAUGUGUGUAAGAUUUUGUCAAAAUCGGUUCAGAUUUAGAUAUUGUUCCCAUAUAUGUCUUUCAUCCGAUAUGGCCUUUUAAGGCUGUAGAAGCAACAAUUUCGGUCCGAACCUCACAAAAUUUAGCAAGAGGUCUUUUAUUUGACGUCUUCAUAUGUGUGUAAAAUUUCGUCAAAAUCGGUUCAGAUGUGGACAUAGCUCCCAUAUAUACCUUUCAUUCGAUAUGGA